UUAGCUAGCUAGUGCAUGACAGAACAGUUAGUGGAACACUAAGUAAGCUAGCCAAUAAGACAUAACUAGCUAUGUUAGCAAAUAAGUAAUACUUUAAUAGUUUCUUAAACACACAUUUAAGCUUGAUGGUAGCAGAGACAUGUAGCGAAACUGUUAGCUAGAUUUCUAGAAAACUAGCUGACUAUAGGCUCUUGCAGUGCUGAGUUUGCUAGCUAGCUGCUAGACUAGCUUGUUGAUAGCGUGCAUGAUGUAGAAAUGCUAGCUAGUCUUUAUAGCCUAUCGAACAUGAUAACUUGGCUAGUAAGACAUCCACAAAGUUGUCUCACACCUCGAACAGUACUUCAUUGACUUGUAUCAAACCCAUCUAAAAGCAAACUAACGUUCUAUUACCUGGAUUUGUUCGUUUGAAUCACUAAGCUGUUCGGAACAUCAGUCUGCGAUCCCAUUCCAAGAAGGCGAACACAGCACAAGGCAGAGACAUAAAUGUCACUGUCAGAAGAUGCUUAAUAGAUAGCUAGCUAGCUCACUGCUAACACGGAAUCUAAUAUCUCAAUAAUAUUAAGCAUUACAACUGAAAUAAAUGGCCUGUUCUUAAAUUGAGUAGCAAUGCAUAAUUGUCCGCAUGCCUAGGCGAAAUUUGUUCAUAAUGCAAUCGGUCUCGAGCACAGUCCGUUUCCUGAGCGACGAAUAGCGGUCUUGUGUGUAUUGCGUCACCGCUUUUUUUUCUGUAUGGAUUGAAGGGAAAUGUAUUGCGCAUAAACACAGAAUAUCAGAGAGUAAAAGGAAGAGGCCCAACUCGGCGGAUCUCCCUCCAGCAGGUGGCGGUUUUUCGUUGUUUCGCCCAUCAAACAAGGAGUUAGGGGGUAAACAGAGGACAAAAGGGUGGACAAUCUCGAAGAAAUUCAUUUUUGUAUGGAGGUCAGUGAGUUUAGAAUUUGGUCAACGAAACAAACUGUUGCUACGUGAGAUUUAUAUGAUCGAUUAGAAGUUUCACACCGCUUAAGUUGUUACAAGUUACUGAUAUAUGUAGGACACGUGACAUCCCGGGCAACUUUUAGAAAAAAACACACUUUAUUUUGGACUUAUCUUGAGUUGGCUAUGCAUAUUCAUGUCAUGAGGCCAGCAUCUCUCUCCAUGGUUUACAGGUGGUUAACGACAACAACCCUCAUCGAAUAUUUACAAUACAGAAGUUACCACCAAACCAAAGAAAGGAUAGGCGGGUGCUAGACAGGCCGCCGUGCCGCUUUGUGAACAACGACUCCCUUAGGGCGGAGAGACUGUUUAUAACCUUUGGUGAAAUUGACCAGAUACUAUAGCGGCCGCUCUUAACAAUGAAAAUAAUGGAAGAAAGUUUGGAGGAGGCAAGAUCAGGUGGGACCAUUCCAGCCAAUGAGAGGGCAGUGACGCAGGACCACGACGGUUCCCACUAGUUACCACAGCCAUAAAGUAGAAAAAAUAUUUACAUUUCACGAAAACAAAAAUGAAUUCAUCCUCGUGGCAAUAUUGGGAAAAAAACUAAAACAAUAACUUACAAACAUUAUUUUUCUUUGCUGAUUGUAAUAAUUCUGGAAAGGAAUGAAUGGAUGAAAUAUGACCCACUGAAAGAAUAAACCAAGGACAAGGUUCCCGCCCACCAGCCUAAAGCAAGGGAGAGAGAAAGGGAAGGGGGAUAAUGGUGCAGAUCGCUUAGCAACGUGGACGCUUGGUCCUCAACCGGAUACGAGCACAGGACUUCAGUCGAAAAGCUGAAGGAUUUUACAACAUCUAGCUAAAACAGUAUCUCAAAAUUUGAGCGAUGGAGAGAAUAUGUCUUGACAAGACUGCAUCUAAGGCAGUGGACGACUAUCUGGAGUACAGGAGGAUCGUGGGUGAAGACGAUGGCGGCAGACUAUUCUCCCCAGAGGAAUAUGAAGAGUACAAGAGAGCAGUGUUUCCCCAGAGACUACACAACAGGCUGUAUGUGAGCUUUGGAGUGCCAGGGGGAAUAGACUGUAAACUCAUCGGCCCAGAGACACCUUGCUUCUGCACACACAGGUACAAACAGCAUCAGACAGACUUUGAGGAGGUUCCUUCGGAGCGCCCGAUAGCACUACCAUGCCGAGUUCAAGGGUGUCGGUGUUUGGCCUUUCAGUACGUGCACCUGAACGGGUCGCAGCCUGUACGUUGCAGGUGCAAACACUCUGCCUACGACCACAGUGAGACCUCAGAACACCUCUGUGGGAAAUGCUCAUCCUGCUCUGGGUUCCGGAGCCCCUACAGCUGUGGUUGUGGCCAGCCUAGCUUCGCCCACCAGACGCUGGUGGAGACGAAGGCAGAACGGGAGGCCCGGGGUUGUCCGGUGGGCAGAGACGUUCCAUACGCAGCCAUGGGGGGUCUGACAGGGUUCAGCUCCCUGGCUGACGGGUACCUGAGACUGGACGAUAGCGGGGCAGGUGCCCCUCACCUGUCUGUUCUGUCAUCUCAACAACCAAGAGCUUUCCAGGAGCAUGUGUUAGAGAAAGCCUCAGGACCAGCAGCAGCCUCCGGACAUACAGAGGAGAGUUCAGUGACGUCCGUGACCAGGGCUCUGUCUGACCUCAGCACCAGAGAGGAAGAAGACAUGGCGUACUUGGAGAGACGCUACCAGGACAGGAUGAAGGCUGAGAAAAUGGCAGUCAAACAGAAGGCAUCAUUAUCAAGAGGAAGACCUUCCACCAAACCAGCCAGCCUACCAUCCACCAAACCAACCACCUCCCUAUGCAGUAAGCAACCUACCAAACAGCCUACCAAAUAAUUGACCAAACUGGAGAAGAGGACAAACAGUUAGCUAACACACUUAGUUUAAUGAGGUAUUCCACUCCACACAGAUAAUGAUAUAAUUGCACUAUGGAUAAUAGAUAAUCAAACAGUCUCACCUGGGGAAAUGAUCAUUAGAUCAUAAACAUCAAGGCUUUUGUGAUGUUUCCAAGAUCAAUUGACAAUAAAUGUUCA